CAUACACUCAACUCGCACAUCUUACUACCACCAACACCACUACUCUCUCUCCCUCUCUGUCUCUCGGUCUGUCUCUGUCUCUCUCUCACCCACACUCUCUACACCAUUUACAAAAGUACUCUCGAAGGGUCUCGCGGACCGUCAACGAAAACCGAUGUCCUGACUAAAAUAAUAUUAUAAUAAUAAUCACAUUCAUUACAAAGUAUUCGUCGUUCUUGUGACGACUCUUACGUCUCGGUCGCUGUUGCUUCUCUGUGGUUUGAACGGAGAAUUCAAACUUCUUCUUCUUGUGGGGUAGAACGGGAUAACAAGUAGGAAGGAGGAGGAGGAGGAGGAGAAAGAAGAAGAAGAAAGCGGCGAAUGAAGGGAAGAAUGAAAAACGUGCUACUGAUCUCAGCGGAAGGAGAAGAAAGGUCGUCUUAUAGUACAGUUCCAUGAAACUGCCCAAAGGUCGAUCGUUGGCCGAACGCAAUGACGUGUCCUUCGCAGCGCUUUUAAACAGUUGACUCUUCGUCUGGCGGGGAAAGGAACUCCACUCCACUCGCUGCUGCUGUUAUUCCUCCUCCUCAUAAGAGCCUCUCGAGUCCAUGCCCUUCGAAGUCGGUGAUACGACUGAAUGAAGGGAAAGAGUGUUGGGGGCGGAAUUAGUCUGACGAGGCCCUCCCUGGCUUGAAUACUCCGCUUGUUACCUUCAAAACACGUGGUUUACAGACUUGCCGAAGCAGUUGUAGCGAGGAUUUCUUGGGUGCUGUGGUGCUUUGCAAUUCUGUCUUUCGUUUGUCAAAGUCGCAAUGCGUCGUGUGGCGAGGUUGAUGAAAUAGGAGCAGUCCACUGCAACACUCGAAGUGCAACUUAAACGUUUGUGUGGACCAAUGGAAGGCCUAUAGCCUAAGACCUCUGGAAUACAGGUUUCACUAACUCUGGACGUCACACGCUUAACGUUAUCCAAGGGUAGCGCAUGGAAUGCUCCGGGAGAUGUGGCUUAUUAAAUCGACGUUUCCGGGGUAGCAAUUGCAGUCGUUCGCCAAUGCUGCAAGAAUUCGAACAGACAUAGAAGACGCCAUUCGACACAGCAGGAGCAGGUACCUGAAGGAUUCUAGUGAAGAGCGAAAGAGAUACUGAAAGGACGACUAGCAGUAGCGUAGGAAGCAGAGGCCAAGAGAGACCUUCGAAUGUUGAUGACAAGGGGCGAGUCCAUCCUCUCGCAAAGAUGCAAGGGCUCUCUCUCAACUCCAACGGCAUCGCCAAACACCACCACACCAUCGCUGGCAAUGGCGUCCUUCCCCAGGCGUCGCAGAGCGCAGAACAUGGAACGGGUCUCAUCAGCCGAGUGAAGAACACUUACAGCGUGCAGAGAAACGCGCUGAACUACAGGGUCUUGACCAUGAAGACAGACAGGAAGUCAGCCGACGCUGACGCCAGCAAUGGCGCGGGUUUCCUGAACACAUCUCCAACAAGGCAGCUAAAUGGUGGUCUGGGCGAUGCUGGUUUCGGGCUGGAACCCUCCGUGAAAUUCGGCAAGACCUCCAGGUUUCUGAGCGAUGCGAACAGCGCCAGUAACCCAAUGUCAACCGGAGGGGAUGACCUGACCUCUCUCAGCUGGCUUCAUUCGCUGGACAUGGGCGGCAUGGUGCCCCACCUGGCCACCCCACCCACGCCUCCCGCCUCCCCUCAGCCGCCCAACUUUUCGCCGAGUCACAUGUCAGCGGGAGACAAGAAGAAAAAGGUCGAGGUGGUCGAGAAAGUGGACACCAUCGACUACUCGGUGGACGGCAGCGUGAAGCCGCCCUACAGCUACGCCGCCCUCAUAGGGAUGGCCAUGAGGGAGAACCAGAACAAGAUGACGCUGUCGGCCAUCUACAAGUGGAUCAAGGAGAACUUCGUCUACUACAAGACGGCCGAUCCAUCAUGGCAGAAUUCCAUCCGCCACAACCUGUCCCUCAACAAGUGCUUCCUAAAAGUACCGCGAAACAAGGACGAGCCUGGAAAGGGCGGCUUCUGGCGCCUCGACCCGGAGCACGCCGAGACCCUCAUCGACGGCGCUUUCAAGAAGCGCCGCCCGGCUCGUCCCGCGCCUCUGUCGGCCUCGAGGAGCAAAAAGAGAAGAGCCAUCCAGCUGCAACAGCAACAGCAGCCUCCCCCAGCACAGCAGCAGCAGCAGCAGCAGCAGCAGCAACAUCCACAGCAACAGCAACAUAGCGUCAAAGUCUUGGUCCAGCCGGUGCAAGCGGCGUUCAUGCCGCCGCCCACCAACAAACCGCCCCCUCGUUCUAAUAAUGUCUUCCUCCACAAUGAUGGUAUAGAAUUAGAGAGCGCAAUGCACGGAGCCGAGAACAACCUGAAGGACGACCUCGUCUGGUCCGCCCUGCUGGGCAGCGAAGCCCCAGAAGACGAGUGGUCUUGCCGGACGCAGGAGCUGGUCACCGACCUCAGCCAGACGGGGGACCCUUCCACAUACCCGAUAACGAUUCCGGUAACGAACCAGCAACAGCAACAGCAACAGCAACAGCACCAUCACCAACAGCAACAACAUCAACACCACCACCACCAACACCACCACCAGUCGUCGCAGCCGCACCACCAGAUCGUCACCAUCACGACGACGACGUCGUCGCCCACGACGCUGCCGUCCUUCGAGCUGAGUCCCGCCUCCCUGGGUGUGGACGAGUCCGAGCUCUUCACCAGUCCGGAGUAUUCGGAGGCGUCCAACGACGACGCCGAAUCGCUCGCCUCCUCCCUGGAGGUCAAGUGCGUCAACGUCGUCGGGGGCGGACCGGGAGGGGCGGCUGGAACAGGGUGCGUCGGCGGCGGGGGCGGUGGCGACGGCAGCGGGUGGGGCAAAGGAGGGCACUUCACCGAACUGCCCUCCAUACACACGUUUUGCAACGGGCUGACGCAGCUCACGCCCCUGGAGCCCGCCUCCGCCCCCGUCCUGGUGCAGGACGCGCACGGGUGGGGCCCCGAAGUGAACUGGGACGAAGCGAAAACUCUGUCUUUGCUCGACGCUAAUUUAGACUUCGAUAACCUCAUAGACUUAGAUGACCUGUGAAAUAUAUAUAUAUAGUAUACAUAAUAUUUAUUUGUGUAGUUGUUCAUUUCUUCGUCAUUACUUUCGCGAUCGUUAGUGAAAUGAGUACAUUUCCUCCCUUCUGUUCUUGACAUCGGACGAGUAAGAUAGUAUACGACAGAACCGAAGAAGUGCUUUUCUCACAGAUCAGAGGCAUUUUGUCCUUUCGUUGAUUCUCAGACGAUUCGGCCGAGCAAAAUGCCUCACGAAAUAGCCAAAGAGGAAAUUACCCGUGUGAAAUUAUGAAACGUAUCUGCUGGAGUUUCCAAAUCAGGAUUUUUCCGAUCGCUGGAAAAGUUCGUAAAUCACGCUCCUAUCCAAAAUGUGGCAGCUGAUGACUUUCAUAUUGAUAUCAAAGGAGACAAAUUAGAUCAUUUAUAAAAAAAAAAAAAAAAGAUAAAAAGAGGCGUGUGACGUCACCCGAAAAUGUCUUUUCGAAAAAUAUAAAGCAUUGCGUCUCCGCCCACAAAGAUUCUUCGAGUCCUGUGAAGGGAAGCCAAUAAUCAAAAGUGUUAGUCGGAAGGCUUCUAAAAGACCUGCGUUAAGAAGGACUAAGAACAAAGAAAUCAAAAAGACCUUUGACCUUUUGUUUCCGGUGUCGAUGACCUCCUAGUGUGGCCCCCUCAGCGAUUCUAACGAGGUGAUGCAAAAGAAACACAUUGCACUGACGGUUGCCGCUCGAGGUUUUGCUGAUAAACGUGAAUGAAUAUAAAUAUAUAUAUACACAUAUUUUUCUUAUUCAGACUUUGAACUGCUGUUAUAAUUGCUUAAGGCCAUUCUGAGUUUUUGACCUCAUCUUAAAAGUUAGAUUUUUUGGCGAUAUUCAUGUUUAUAGCAAGGUAUGAUAUUACGUAUAAUGUUACGGCUGAAAUAAUAAUAAUGAUGAUAAUAAUAAUAAUAAUAAUAAUGAUAAUAAUAAUAAUAAUAAUAAUAAUAAUAAUAAUAAUAAUAAUAAUAGCUUGCCCAAGUUGCGCUUGUAGAAAGAAGAAUAAUGUUUUUUCAAACACAAAUGGAAACACUUUUAAAGAUAUUCGUUAUGGCAAUACCAGCUGACUGUUUACGCGGCGUCAUUUCUUUUUGUGGCGUGCUUGUUUAGGUGGUAAAUGUACAGUAUUUCGUUCGUUGAUCCGCACUGUCAUUCACCACGAGAUCCAUUCAUGCUUUUUGCCUUUUUCUGAUGUUGCACAAUUUAAGUGAAAUUGUUCCCAAUGACGGUAGUACGCUGAAGGCGAUGUCGCGCGAGCGCCGUUUCGUGGCAUCUUUUCUCUGUUUAAAAGCCCUAACAGGCAUGAAUAUCUUCAGGUUUGCCCCACUUGUUUAAAAUAUUCCCCAGCUGACCUGAAUUUUCUACCAAUAUUGAAAAUAUAUUCCCGAAUUGACCUGUAAUUUACACCAACAUAAACAAGAAGAAUGGACUCCUUGACUGUAAUUUUGUACGUAUAGAGAAAAAAUAUUCGGUACUUGACUUCAACUUCGUACCUUCAUUGAAAAAAUAUUCCGUACCUUAAAUUUUGUAUCGUUAUACAGAAAAUUUUCCUUAAUUUACUUCAAUUUUGCACUAGUAUUUAUAACAAGUAUUUGGCGCCUUGACUUGAAUUUGUCACAAGUAGAGAAUUAAAAAAAGAGACGUAUUAACUAUUCGAUGCAAAUUUCUGAGGAAAAGGGCUGGAAAGAUGCCAGAAAAUGUCUUCCCGCAACGUCGCCAAAGCACACAGCACUUCGUCUGAACCAUGACUGACAUGAUCAUUUACUUUCUAGACUCGCAUGAUUUUAACUAGUCGUGUUAUCCAGUCUAAGGAAAUCCGGAAUUCUCAGUGCCAUAUCAAGAAGUUGAUGAGAAAAUAGGAAAGAAAGAUAAAGAGUCGUACUUCAUUUACACGUAAAUUAGGCCAGAGAGGCCAGCAGCAGUAGCAGCAGCAGCAGCAGCCAUCUCUCCCGCUGAAGAGACAAUAAUAGGUAAAGUCCAGGCGUCUCCAGGCGUCCUCUUCGCCCCGAGAAGAAGAAGAAGAAGAGUUUUUUACGUCAUACGAUUGAGUUUCUGUUUUUCGAUUUGGUCUUGGCUUGCCCGGCGUCACAGGAACCAGGGUCACUCAAGCCUGUACCGAGUUGGGUUCGAACGACCUCCCCCAGAGUUUCUGGAAGUCCAUAUUUUCUGUGACUAUCAUUUUCAUUGGACUUCACUCACAAAGUAAUAAAUAACAAUCUUUUGUUUUUUUGCCAAGUCAUUUUAUACAUAUUUGUUAUUAAGCAUUAACAUCAUUCUUUAGUAGUAGGAAAUACAAGAGUGAUAAUAGGAAUAUGAUAUAGGCCACCAGAUUUGUAAAUGAUUUUAGUAGACAAACGAUAAUUUUAAAGCUGUGGUACGAUAAUCCGGUCAGAGAAAUUUGACGGCACUGCAGCCUUUUUUGAAAUUUGCAUUGUCACU